AUGAGUCGAGCUAAGCUCGACGAACCGCGCUCAGCACUCACGGAAUCCCAGAAUUACUGGGGGUUUGCCAACUUUCCCAAUCAGGUCUUUCGUAGAGCGAUUAAGGAUGGUUUUAACUUUACCCUCAUGGUAGUAGGGCGAAGUGGACUUGGAAAGUCCACUUUUAUCAAUACAUUAUUCUUGGCGGAAAUUCACGAUAUGAAGGAGACACCAAGGCAAACUGGGUCGACAGUCAGAAUCGAAGAGAAGCAUGUGAUGUUGGUUGAAAAUACUGUGAAGCUCAAUUUAACGCUGGUUGACACACCCGGGUUUGGUGACGCUGUCAAUAACACUCGAUGCUGGGAGCCUAUAAUCAACUACGUCGAUGGAAAAUUCCUGGAAUUUUUUUGUGAAGAGACUAAAAUCGAGAGAAAAGAUAGACCGGUGGACAAAUGUGUACAUCUAUGUCUGUAUUUCAUCGAACCAAGUGGUCAUGGGUACUUGAAGCUACUGGAUAUCGAGUUCAUGAAACAACUUCAUACACGAGUAAACAUCGUUCCUGUUAUUGCCAAAGCAGACUGUCUCACAAAAGACGAGUUAAAAAGGUUCAAGGCUCAGAUCAAUAAAGAUAUAGCUGCAAACGAUAUCAAAUUGUACAAGUUCCCUGAAAAUGAGGACGAGAAGGACAAGGCUGCCAUUGAAAGGCUUAAGAGUUCGUUGCCAUUUGCCAUAGUUGGAAGUAAUAUGUUGAAAGAGGACGGUGGAAAGAAAAUAAGAUAUAGGGAAUACCCAUGGGGAGUUGUUGAAGUCGAGAAUAUGGCGCAUAACGAUUUUCUCCUUCUACGAGACAUGGUUGUUAGAACGAAUCUGAUCGAUAUGAUUGAUGUGACUCGCUCAGUGCACUAUGAGAAUUUCCGACUUCGUCAAAUGGAUAAACUACCCAAGCACGCCAUGGAUAGAGAUCCAUUCACCCAGAUGGAAGAGGAUCGAAGGAAGAAGGAAAAUGAAUUAGCUGAGAAAAAGCGAGCCUUUGAAAAGGUUUGCUUUAACCUUAGAUAUUCACGUUGCCAUUGUGCCCAGAAAAAUGAGUGCUAUGAAACCCUCGUAUCGUAA